UAUACGGAACACGCUAUAGUAGAACAAAAUGCUGCGCCUCGCUGCCCAAAAGCUUCAGCUCGCGACCCUGGGAACCCCAGGGUCAGCGUUCGCGCUGUCUCGCACGCUCCCGACUAGCCUCUUCAACUUUUCGACAGAAGCCGGGACUGAGGCCGAGCAAAAGCCAACGGCGAGGCUUUGGGUGGGCAACCUGCCUUUCAAGGCGACACAAGAGCAAAUUCAGAGCUUUUUCAAUCCUUACGGCGCUAGUUCAGUCUUCAUCCUGCGCGACAAGGAGACGCGGAAGAACCGAGGCAUGGCCUUCGUAAACGUGGACCCAGAGAAGAUGGACGCGGCCAUUCGCGAGAAUGACGGCAAGGACUUCAUGGGGCGGGCACUUAAGGUUGCCAAAUCCAACGUGCCGGACCUGCCACCCAAGAGCCAGGCCGCGGCACCCACCGCGCCGGCAGAGGCGCAGCCUAGCCAGUAGUGUGACAGAUGGAGAGGCUUCGUCGAUGCCGCUAUCAUGCCAACAGCAGUCGGAUGCAAGGAGCGCGGGUUGCGCCGCCAGGCUGCCGCGUGCACGGCGCGUGCACCGGCGCGGUUGGCUUUUGAGGCGAGCGGCGCGCUGAUGCAAGGUUGGUGAUAACCGCAGCGGCCGCCCGGCAGCAGCAUAGUGUUUUGAGGCAUUCUGCACCCGACACCAAGGGAUGAGUGCCUCGGUUGGUUUGAUGUGAUGCGUCGUGCAUUCGUGCGGCAUGGCUAAGACACCCGAGCUCGGCGACCGUGCAUGGCGUAUUACACGGUGUAGAUGCGGCAGGAGGAGUUCGGUUUGCAGGGUUUGUUGUUUGCGUGUGUUGUGGCUGGCGGUGUUGUUCCUGCUUUUACGUUGCAUGGUAUGCCGGUGUGGGACUGCGGUAUCCGCAAACAUGCACAACCACGACCACUACGUGACACCUGCCGCACGAUGUCGCUGCAGGCUGGUGACAAACUGGCGAGUAUGAGGGAAGGCUGUUAGGGCCACUGGGAGCUGGUGUGUAUGUUGGAGGGAGCAUGUGGCAAGGCCUGGGAGCAGCAGCUGUCAGGUGGGUGCUGAGGGGCGCCAGCGACUGCUCGCGCCGUGUGUACAGUAACACAAAUCGACUUGUGGCUGGCGUUUGUUGUGUGUGUUGGGCUUGGGCUAUUGCUAUGCUAGCUUUGGGUUACUUUAGCUUUGCCUGGGGUUUCACAGGCUCGUAAAGGGUCCUGAGGACAGCUUGCCGGGUUCGGGGCGCGUCCGGGGUCGCGGCAGUAAGUUCGCAAAACCGAGUUGCCUGCAACACGCAAACUCUGCCAUGACACUAAUAAGGAAUGUAACUUGUAUAAAGC